UUUAUUGACAUCAUAAUCAAAUAUAAGCAUGGCCCUGGUGUGUUUGGACAUUGUCAAGCUUAUUAUGGGACAAUUGAAGUGCAGGGAAGGGGUACAUUACAUUGUCAUAUGCUUCUGUGGAUCGUGGGCAACCCCAGUCCUCAGGAAUUGUGCAAUAAGAUGGCUGAAGAUGAUCGGUUUCAAGGUGUCAUGUUCGCUUGGCUAGAAAACAUUAUCAGUUGUGAAUUGCCAUAUGACAAAGGUCCGGUCCCAGAAAGAACCAGCGCAGAUGCGAAGAAACCACCGCGAGCAAAAGAAGAGAUGGAUCCUCGCCUAGAGCAACAACCACAAGUGGCGGAAUUGGACAAUCAAUCAUUCGAAUAUGAAUUCACGGACUUUCUGACUCGCUUAGCAGUGGAAUGCAAUUGGCACAUUCACAACGAUACCUGUUAUAAGCAUCUCAAGAGUGGAGAGAAGAGAGGAGAUGCUAAUUGCAGGAUGCGGUUAGAUGGUACAUUACAAGAAGAGACAUGCAUAGAUGUGGCGAGCGGCUCAAUUGAGCUUCAGCGGUGGCGUGGUCGGGUCAACAAUUUCACGGAUUUGAUUUUGUUUCUGAUGCAAUGUAAUACUGAUACACAAUUCAUCGGCUCGGGAGAAGCAGCGAAAGCCACAGUCUUUUAUAUAACUGAAUACAUCACCAAGGGCGAUGUUCCAUUGUAUGUUGGCCUGCAAGCUCUGGAUUAUGCCACUAAGAUGCAUAAUGCUAAGUAUGUCGACGCCAAAGAUGCUAAAGAUACUCACAUAGUUCGCAACCUGAUUACAAAAUCUGUCAAUGCGAUGAUGGGUCGCCAAGAAAUGUCUCAUCAACAGGUGAUGAGUUAUUUGGUGGGUGGAGGAGAUCAUUACACCAGUCACAGUUUCCAGACCUUUAAAUGGUUUGAAUUUACCAAUGCGGUCGAUAAGUUCGAACACGAUGCUGGUAUCUCAACCGGUGAUGAUGUUGACAAUGAUGACGACCUGCUGCACGUUGAAGAAUCCGUCACUGUAGGGAUUUCAACAGAAAACGUGGAAUUUACAAGUGAUGUGCAGGAUUAUACCUUACGACCUUAUGAUGAAAAUUUUGCAAAUCUUUGCCUCUGGGAAUUCAUUGAAUCCACCAUAAAAAUGAAAGGCCAGAUCGAGAACAAGAACAUC